AUGAAGCCGGCUGCAAGUGAGAGGAUGAGUAGAAGAAUGGAUUAUUGUUUUUUUGGGAGGUCGGGAGGAGAGCAAGCGAAACAACGAAAAUGCCAAACCAGGGAGAGAAUACACAAACCCUAUUAUGCUCACAUUCUUCGAUCUCGGGGUUCGCAGGAUUUGGGGGUCUUUGUUAUUUUAGGAAGAGGGGCCCCAUUUCGCUAA